ACAGAUGAUCUUACAGAAAUAGUUCUUCAAGCUAUAGAUGAUGUUUCUGAAGAACUCAGGGAAAUUAGUUUAAAGAUUCACGAUCAUCCAGAAUUGGGAAAUGAAGAAAGAUUUGCUCAUGAAUUAUUAGUUAAUUAUCUGAAAAAGAAGGGAUUCAAAGUAACUCCAAGUGCUUAUGGCCUUGAAACUGCUUUUGUUGCUGAAUUUCAGUCCAAGGCUGGUGAAGGUCGUGUGGUUUCCUUUAAUUCUGA